AUGUACUGUUAUGACUCUGUCAUAGUCCAUGUUAUCGUGAAGCAAGACGUGAUCGAGCUCACUGAAUUUGUAUCCCAGGCAGCUAUGCUGAUUGUGUGUGGAGGUCUGGUGAAUGGUCCAUAUGCUCUCAUCACUACAGCCGUCUCAGCUGACCUGGGAACCCAUGAAAGCCUUCGAGGAAAUGCAAAAGCACUCUCCACAGUGACUGCUAUCAUAGAUGGAACAGGAUCCAUUGGUGCUGCAUUGGGACCUCUGUUUGCUGGACUGAUUUCUCCCACUGGCUGGAACAAUGUUUUCUUCAUGUUAAUAACUGCUGACAUUCUAGCAUGCCUGUUACUUUCCCGGCUGGUUUACAAAGAAGUACGUGGCUGUUGUGGACACAGUUCAAGACAAAGAGGGUUCAAAGAAUUCUGACAGGAGGUUCAUUACAACUUGGGAGGACCUUGACUUUGGCACUGUUUGCUUGGAUGCUACAACCAUGGACACAUACUGGAGAUGGACUUGUUCUGGUAUUACAGACAUAGAGACUGAGAAAUGAGCUAGGUCAUCAUGGGUUAAGGCAGGGCUGCGUAAUGGUCUCUGACAGACUGCCCCAACUGUGUCCUUUUUCUUAACUGUGACUGGUUGUCACAUUCAUAAGCCCAUAAAAAGGAAACUGUACAGAUGGCUAUUAGUCUCUCAAUCAUUGGGGUACUACUUUUGUCACUUAAAGUGGUAUAUAAUAAACCAAUUUUUUUAACGUCA